GUUUCUAGUGGAAUUUUUUGCAACGUUCAGCGAACUGAGAAAAAACAGCGCACUUUCUCGGCGAAUGGCGUCAAAUGAGAGGUCACCGGGUUAUAUGAUAUUAUGCUAAACCAUCGAUAAUCAGUCAUUCCAGUUCUAAGCACUCGUUCUACAGUCGAUGUAUAAGCGCGCUGGAAAACACCAGCUAAAUCUGUUCCCACUCUUGCCUCGACGAGUGAGAAAUGAAUGGUGCCCCCGCGAGAAAUGAGAAAGCAGAGGGGGAACCCCACACUAGCGAGAAAAGGGAUUCCAUGAGCAAACUAAAAGACGGUUUGCAACUCUUGCGCAAAUUAAUCGACGACCCCAAACUUACGGAGGAACGCAAAAAGGUGAUUUUGAACGAGACACUGGUUCGUGUGAAAGACAGCGUAGGAACGCCGUUGAUUUUAGCAGCGUUAAAUGGAUACACUGAAGUAGUUGAGGUGCUUUUAAGACACGGUUUGGUAGAUGUAGAGCAGACAUGCACGGUCUGUCUAGAUGGAGGAACUCAGGCGGAGGGUGUCACUGCACUCUGGGCAGCGUCGUAUAGUGGACAUGUUGAUAUUGUGGCUCUUCUGCUCCGAUUCAAAGCGGAUCCAAAUCACACAACUGCCUCGAACUCGUCGCCAUUACGCACAGCGUGUUUUUGGGGAUGGAAAGAGGUUGCAAUGUGUUUGAUACACGGCGCUGCGGAUGUGAAUGGAGUCAACAGUCAGGGAAGCUCAUGUCUAAUGGCCGCAGCUUACAAUGGGCACAAGGAGCUGAUAACAGCUCUAAUCAACAAGGGAGCUCUCAUCAACUCGCGGGACAACAAAGGCAACACAGCGCUUCAUUACGCCGUUGAGCGGGGCCAGCUUAUAAUCGUCAAAAUCCUGAUCAAACAUGGAGCUGAAAUGAACAGCAACCAGGAUGGCAUGACUCCACUGAAAAUGGCUUGCAAUGCUUGCCGGGAUGAUAUCAUGAAGUUCUUCGUCCUUCUGCGAGAUACAUCACGACACGACAUCGUCGAGGCUUUAGAACUCCUAGGAGCAACGUACGCAAACCACCCGGAGAAGAGCAACCUUGAUAAAGCAUACAAGUUACUGUGCAGCGCAAUGCAACAUCGCUACCAUGACCCGGGCGCUGACGUCCUGCAUAAGUUCGUUCGCCCUCCCGUCAAGGCUUAUGGCUACAGAAUGGAGUGUCAGACACCCGAAGAAAUCGAAAAAAUCAAGGAUAACCCUUACGCUAUCCAGAUGGAAGGUUUGAUUGUAAGAGAAAGGAUUCUAAGAGCAAGGAAUCCAUCGUUGACAUCGCAUAUCAGGUAUCGCGGGGCGUGCAUGGCAGACGAGGGGCAAUUCCAGUGGGCCAUGGAUCUUUGGAAAUACUCUGCGAAACUCGAUCAACGAAAUGGACAUUCAAUUUAUGAUCAGCUUCUUCGGAUUGGCCGAUUGAUGGUUCGGAUGGUGCUCGCUGAGCGUUCGCCGACGUUCGCGCAAAUUGAGGAGGCGUUUAAUAUGCUACUGCACGAUUUGGAAAAGUUGCCCCCCGCAGAGGACAUGCCUGUUACGGAAAAAGCUAAAACACGAAGUGACUUUGAGAAAGCCCAGCGGGUCGUUCUCUACUACCUAGCCAUCGCGUUACAGCUUGACAUGCGGAGAAAAGAGGAACGAAGGUGCGUCAGACUGAUUAAGAAGUUUCUAGUAUUUGAAGAGAAACACAUGGACAUAGGGAGCAACUCCUUAUUACACCUAGCAGUCUCAGAACAGACCCUCUCGGCCGACAAAGACUUCCUGCAAAUCUGCGAGUUCCCAAGCGUUGACAUUGCAAGGCUUCUAGUAGGUGCUGGCGCGGAUGCUAACGUCACCAACGAGCACGGUAGCACCCCCCUACACAUUAUAGCGUCCCUAGAACCCACUUUCGAUCCAAACAGGAGACUUAGCACUGGCUCGAUUCAGCUUGAGAUCGUGCAUGAUCUGCUCGAGGCUGGCGCCUCGACUGAGGUACCCGACGAGGAACACAAGACGCCCGUGGACUACGCCAAAUUGCAAGCGAUAAAAAAGAUGAUGAAGCAGUUUUCAGUGGAGACUGAGGAGGACACUCUAGAUAUGCAUAUAUAGAAAUCGAUAGAAAUGAGGCUGGACCCGAGCCGGGCCCACCAGUGUGACUAGGUACACCCCAAGUGAACUUCUUGUGAACACCUUUUAUUAAGAACUUAAGUUGCUCGUGCAGAUGUUGUGUACACAAUAAGUAGAGUUGUACAAGAAACGUUGGGUAAGGUUGGCCUGGUAGACGUGUAAACGACGAUAUUGCGUAGUUGUGUAAAAUCAACUGGGUAUUUCCCAUCAACUAGGUAUUUCCCUAAGUUCUCUUGUGAAAACGGCCCACUUUAAUUGUCGACUGAAUGUUGCUAGUGUAGACGGUGUAUGUACACAAACAAUUAAAGUUGUCAACUUUAA